UGGGCAUCCUGACUGACCAUCACCUCUCUGUCAACGACUCGGCGGGAUAAGAUCGACGUGGCUGAAUGUAGUGCUAUCAUUCUUCAAAAGGUCAGAUACUUUUCCCUCUUCCUCCGCAACAACCUCGACAGACAGACAGUCUUGCUCUGCUCCAAGCCCAGCACGCCAGCCAGCACCUGCCUGUUUGCCUAGUUCAAAAACCCUGCUCCACGCUGCUCGACUUUUCCCUCUGCCGGCCACGUGAAUCGAGCCAGCUGCGUGGCUUUGGGCCAACCAUAUCGCCGCCUUCUCAUUCUCUGUCAUCUGACCCGCAGCACGACCACAACAUCGCCAUCCUCGACCUACACUUGCUCGCAUCGACGCGUCAGCAUGGCGCCCUCAACCAUUCCUCUGCUGGUGGGUGGAAUGCUAGCGACGGGCAUCAGCAACAGCAUCUUCAGCAAGUAUCAGGACAUGCAGUGUGUGGAGCACUGCGCACCCGGCGAUGAUCAUCCCAGGGUCGACUUUAGUCAACCAGUCUGGCAGACAUCACAGAUGUUCUUAGGAGAGUGUCUGUGCUUGCUACCUCCCUUGUUCAUGGCUCUAUACGCUUGGGUGCAGAGCAAGCGAGAGGCUCCCUUGUUCAAGGGCGGUCAGGGCACAUCUGCCUACGAGCCGCUGUCGGACGAUCCGUACGCAGUCAAUGCCUUGCUCGACGACCCGCAGUCCGACGACUCGGCGUUCAACGCGUACGCUGGUGCGAGCGGGAUCAAUCGUGGCGCAGAGGCAGGCUCUUCCGCUUUCAGCUUCCUGAUGCCGAGCCACUGGUUGGGCGAACAAGGAAGCUCUUCGGCCUUUUCUCGCCUCGUGCCUGCCUUCUGGCCAGUAUGGAAGGCCCCGCCUAAGCCCGCUUCCGCUUUGCAUUGCGGCACCGCAUCUCUGCCAGGUAUCGGCGCAUCGUAUGUACCGCGAAGGAGCGCGCCGAUGCAUCGACCUAGUCCUCUUGGCCAACCUCCUACAGGAUCUAACAAUGCUUGGGAUGAGAGAAUACCUGCUAACGCCUCUGCGGAGGCUACAGGUCUCGAAGAUGUCGCCGAAGGGGAUGUGGAAGCGGAUCUCGAAGAAGCGGAAGCAGACGCGGACGCGGAUGCUGACGAUGCAGACAAUGGCGCACUAAAGGGCAGGGCCAUCUUUCUCUUCGUCUUGCCAGCCGCUUGCGAUAUUUGCGGCACUACACUGAUGAACGUUGGGCUUCUCUUCACACCAGUGUCCAUCUAUCAAAUGACGCGUGGAGCCCUCGUGCUCUGGGUUGGUGUCUUCAGCGUCAUCUUUCUGCAGCGUCACCUCUUCCUGUUCCAGUGGCUAAGCCUGCUGACCGUCAUGCUUGGCGUAUGCAUCGUCGGUAUCAGCGGUACUUUGCUAAGCCCUGGCGGUAGCGGCGGAAUAGAGAGCCUGUACUCCAACAUGGUCGGAGCCACACACGCUGGCGCAGGCGCGGUGCGGAGAUCGUUCGAGAACACCAUCGCGCGACGCAGCGUAUUGGCAGCAUCGCGUGGAAGCGAAGCGGAGGGUGCUGGUGCUGGUCACUCCGAAGAGACUCUUCAAGCGUUCCUGGGGGUGCUGUUAAUCUUGUUUGCCCAGCUUUUCACUGCUGGCCAAUUCGUCCUCGAAGAGAAGAUCAUGGGCAGGUAUAGCGUUGAACCUCUUCUUGCGGUCGGCUACGAAGGCCUCUUUGGCUUCACCAUGACGCUCUCCGCGCAGGUUCUGCUUCACUAUUUCUAUGGCCGUACACCACGCGGCCAAGGCGGCUACUUUGACAUGGUCACGGGCUGGCAGCAGAUGAUCAGCAACAAUGCGGUGCUAUGGAGCAGUUUGGCCAUCUGUCUCAGCAUCGCACUCUUCAACUUUUUCGGCCUCAGCGUGACGAGAAGCGUCAGCGCUACCGCUAGGAGCACAAUUGACACCUGCAGGACUCUAGGCAUCUGGGCCGUCAGUCUGGUACUGGGAUGGGAAGUCUUUAGGCCUCUCAGCGGAUCUUUGCAACUGCUCGGUUUUGCGCUCUUGUGCGCCGCCACGCUACUCUUCAAUGGGGUCAUCUCUGUGCGCUUCUUGCCGCGCUGGCUCAGACCUUCGCGAGGGCCUGCAAUGGCGCGCCUGCGUGACGCUUCACGAUCAAGGUCGCAAAGUCGCGCCUCGGCGGCAACGGCUGCAGCUGCGGACAGUAGAGAUCUAAGAAGGUCUGCCACUCAGAAUAACGCCGCUGUCGCUGUUGCCUCGGCCGCUUCAGAGUCCGCAGAGGAGAACGCUCCGAGAGGCAGACAGGCAACAUAGUAGAGCGCGCACACAUAGUACACGGCCUUGCAAUGCAAUAGAUCUUCAUCAAGUUUGCGGUGGA